AUGGGGCUUUCUUUCUCACUACUCUUGUCUGCUUGGAAGGAAGUCUUGACCAACCAGUUCUUCAGUUUCAAGAACCCUGUCGAGAGUUUUCUUGAAAUAAGAUCCUUCAGCUUCAAAUUGAAAGACCAAAGCUUUACAUCAAGAAACAACGGUUUGAAGCCGGAAAACUCUCCUAAGCCCACUAUGGAGAGGUCUUUGAGCUUCAAUAGCUGGGAAAUUCCAGCAGAACCCGAGACUCAACCGAUGAGCCAGGCAGUUGAUCCGAUUCUGGACACAAAGAAGCCCAUUCGCCACGCUUUGAACGGACGAACCUGCGAGAGAAUUCAAAUAACGAAACCCACGAUUAUUCCCCCUCAGCCUUUUGUGUUCUUCUCCCCAAGACCAGUCACCGAGCUUGAUGCAGCUGCAACUACGCUACAGAAGGUGUACAAGAGUUACCGGACAAGAAGGAACCUAGCAGAUUGCGCCGUUGUUGUUGAGGAGCUCUGGUGGAAGACUCUGGAUGCUGCAGCUCUGAAAUUGAGCUCGGUUUCCUUUUUCGAGGAAGAGAAGCAUGAAACCGCAGUCUCCAAAUGGGCACGAGCUAGAACACGAGCUGCUAAGGUUGGAAAAGGCUUGUCAAAAGAUGAAAAAGCUCAGAAGUUAGCUCUUCAGCAUUGGCUUGAAGCUAUUGACCCACGCCAUCGUUAUGGCCACAACUUGCACUUCUAUUACGAUGUCUGGUCCGCAAGCAAGAGUUCACAACCAUUCUUCUACUGGUUGGACAUUGGCGAUGGAAAAGAUGUAAAUCUUGAACACCACCCAAGAAGUGUUCUGCAGAAACAAUGCAUUAAAUACCUCGGACCAAUGGAGCGAGAAGCAUACGAAGUGAUAGUGGAAGAUGGGAGACUUAUGUAUAAACAGAGCAUGACUCUGAUCAAUUCCACGGAGGAAUCCAAGUCGAUUUUUGUACUUAGCACCACUAGAACCUUAUACGUAGGGCAGAAGAAGAAAGGUGUUUUCCAACACUCGAGUUUCUUGUCUGGAGGUGCCACAACCGCUGCAGGAAGACUGGUCGCCCGCGAUGGGAUUCUCGAGGCUAUAUGGCCAUACAGUGGACACUACCUCCCAACAGAAGACAACUUUAAGGAAUUCAUAAGUUUCCUGGAAGAGAACAAUGUUGAUCUCACCAAUGUUAAGAGGUGCUCUGUGAAUGAGGAAUAUUCUUCAUUCAAAUCCACUGGCGAUGAAUAUGAAGAAUCAAAAGAAGAGGAAGCAGAGAAUAAACCUGCAGAAACAAUCAUCAUUACAGAGGGCAAAGAAGAAGGAGAGAGAGCAAGCGAAAGACCGGUGUUCGAGCUGGCAAAGAGGUUGUCUUGCAAAUGGACAAGUGGGGUUGGUCCAAGAAUCGGGUGUGUUAGAGAUUAUCCAAUGGAGCUGCAGUCACAAGCAUUCGAACAAGUCAGUUUGUCUCCUCGGAUUUCGCCUGGUUCUGCACGUUUUCCGUCACCAUACGGUCCAAUUCCUUCUCCAAGGCCUAGUCCUAGAGUAAGGGUCUCCCCACGCUUAGCAUACAUGGGAAUCCCGAGCCCUAGAGUUCAAGUAAACUGUUAG